UACCCAUAAGCAAGCUGCCGCCGUACCUACUUGAACAAAGUGGUAUAUUUUAGGGUGGAAACACAAGCAGAUAGCAUGCAAGAUAAUUUUGUUUGUAUUGACUUAGUAGAGAAUAGUUUAUAGAAAGAAAGACAGAAUACCUUGGGAUUAUAUAUAUAGUUUUGCUCGAUAUACAGGGUUGAACACUGCAUCCUAGGCACACAGAAGCAACUAGACUUCUUAAUGGAGAUGAAGAUCAAUCAGUAGUAAGUAUAUCUCAGCCUAUCAAAAUCAUUUCCGGAAGACCUAUUGAUUGAAACUGAUUUUACUACGAACAGCAGAUUGGAAAGUCCUGUGCUCGCGAGCUGUCUUGACUUUAUAGUAGUGGAAGGCAAAUUGCCGAGGGUGUAUUCGAAGAAUUUGCUCUUGGCUCGUUACGCUUUUGGACUAAGAACACAAUUGUUUUUGUUUACGGCUAGAUUUAAGAACCGUAAUAGCAAACGGAGCAGAAUUCGACGGAAUUUUAGAAGAAAAAUCGAUUGAAAACGAAAGAACUGCUUGCAAAAGCACUUAGAGAAUCGAUCAUUAGUCGAACAAAAUGACAGGGCAAGGAAGCACUAAUUUCACAUCAAAUACCUCAGCACCCGACUACAUUAAAGAACCGUUAUUCCUAGAGGUCACAAGACUAACUGUCGAAGUAUCCAUAGCUGUACUCGGGGUUCUUGGCAACGUCUUGGUAUGCCAUACAGUCACCAGCAGCAAAAAGCUUCACUCCGUUGCGAACUUUCAUAUCCGCAACUUGGCCAUUGCAGACCUCGGGGUUUUGUUGAUCAACUUUCCUCUCGCUGUCAUCAAAGAACAGGAUCCCACCAACUGGCCUCUGGGCGAGUUUUUCUGCAGGUAUAUAUACCCAAUAGGAGAUGUUUUCCAUGGUGUAUCCGUGUGGUCUAUUACAGCCAUUGCCAUCGACCGUUACCGUGCAAUCGUAGGCGGCAUAAGACGUGACAGGAAAAGAGCGCUGAAAACUGCAAGAGCCACCGUCAUUCUAAUCUGGCUAGUUUCUUUUCUCAUCGUCUCUCUUCCACUUUUCUUCGUCAUUGAUUUCAAAGAUCUAAGACCUCUUUAUGAGGUCGUUGAUUGUACCCCAAGCUGGCCCGACCGACUGGACAAGAACAUUUUCCAUCAAACGUACAUGAUUGGAAUUGCAGUAUUUUGGUAUAUUCUUCCUCUGUCUGUGAUCAUAUCGACGUACAUCAAAAUAGGGCAGAGACUGAAGGAAAGCUCUCAGUUCCACAAGGCAAUAAGAAGAUCCUUUUCAGCCAAGAAGAGACGACGUAGAGAACAGAUCAAUGCAAAAGCUAAAAAACUUCUGACUCCCGUGGUAGUCACUUUCGCUGUCACGAUGUUCCCAUUGAAUGCUUUGCGCUUAGCAAUUACAUAUUGGGAAGAGCUUCAUUGGGAUCGUUUCAUCUGGGUUUACUACAAUAUUACUGUUAUUUGCGUUAUUGCUAACUCGUCCGUCAACUGCCUUAUCUACGCUCUUGUUAGCGCGGAGUUUAGGCGUGAGUUUAAGAAAAAGUUCUAUGGUUGGCACUCUCCGAAACAGCAUUUUGAAUCGGUGAAAAGCACUUCAUUACUGCAAUCAGCCACUACACUACAGAAGAAUGACUUGAGAGCAGUAAAGGACAGAGAAACAGCACUAUGAUCAGAAGUGAUAGAAGAAAUCCUUUCUGCUCGACUCAAACAAACAAGUGAUAUAUACUAUGUAUACACUGUAUAAAAAUAUCUGUUUAUUCGCGCUUGUUAGAAAAUUAGAGCACUAAACGAUCGAUGGACGAACUUGCCGAACGUUGAAGCCAAAAUUACUCAGGGGAAAAAAAAAAAGAAACAAAAAUGAAAUCAAGGGAAGAACGAAAAUCUUAAAUUUUCGCGAAAGAAGGAUUUAUGACUAUAACAAGGGUACUUGAAAAUGCUUUAUUUUUUUCUCUUUCUUGCAUAUUACAAAUACAAUAAGCCAUCAAGUUCUACAAGACAUUACGAGAUAAAAUCAGAUUACUAUAUUAACGAAUGCAUUAAGUAAACUUUAGAAUGUGUGAGAUCAUAUCUGUUAAAUAAAUAGACCGGUCCUUGAACCAUGCAGCAAGAUUAGAGAAUGUUCCGGCACACGCAACAUAUCCGAUUAAGACCCGAAGACACUACGAAUUAUGUAAAUUAGUCAAGACCUCUAGAAUCGAAUCAUUUAUGAGAAUAAAAGUAAGAUUACGAAAUACAUUUAAAUGGGUAUUUGAUAUUGAUUUGUUUGCUAUGUUACGGUCGAAACAAGGUUGCUGGAGUCGAACGCGAGCCGACAAAGUAUCGAUUAAAAUUGACGAACAGCUUACAGGAGACGAACGCGAGCCGACAAAGUAUCGAUUAAAAUUUAUGAACGGAGAAAUUUUGUCAGAACAAUUUUUUAGUUCGUUUUCGCCAUAAGCGUAUACGUAGUGUCGACCAAUAAUUAAUAACUUUAAUAUUUGAAAGAAAAACAAAGUAGUAAUAUCAAGAAUAAUAAAUCAGUACUGAAUGCUUUUAAAAAACCUGAAAAGCGCUCAUUCUCUUUGGUGAGUGUGUUCAGGGAUGGUCUUUGCAUCACACACACAAGAGAUCUUAUUGUACUCCAAGACGUACUACUCGAUAUGUCAACGCACUACUUGAAUACAUUGAAUCGGGAGUAACCAUUGAUCAAAGUAGAAUAAGAAAUGCUGUUGUUGUAUUGUUUUAGAAACCUCAGGAGUCUUUGGCUAAUGAAUGCAGGUGACUGUUGGUACUCGAUGGGGGGUAAAUCUAUAUAGUUAAUCCUUGGAUUUUAUAUUUAUUAGUGUCGUUCAGUAGUGUAUUAGUAUUGUAGAAUAAGUAAAACAAGAAAGGGCUAAGAACUAGACACUCAGCACGACACAGAAAAUAAAUAGAUAAAAAAAGGCGGAAGAGAGGGAAAGAGCAAUGAAUGAACGAACAACAACCUCACACACUUAAUAUCAUUUACUUUUCUAUUAUUAUCAUUAUAAUAUUUUCUACUUAUAUUAUCUAUAAU